AUGAACGACCAGCGACGCCUGGAGACUGACCUGGAGUCGAAGAAAUACGAAGAGAAGGAGUUCACGGAGCGCAUGCAGGACGACCAGCAGAGCCUGGAGAAGAUGCAGUCGUUCACCGUCUCGAUGAGUAGUUCCAGACACGCUUACCGACUACAACACACAGGCAUUCCGAAACUCACAGUCGUCCAUCCCCUUCUUGCUUCGCCAGAAAUUGGUGACCCCGGCGUUUUCCUCUUCAAACUUCUGGACAAGGCUAACCGUGAACUCAAACGGUACAGUCAUGUGAACAAAAAGGCGCUCGAUCAGUUUGUGAGCCAUUCAGAAGAAAAAGAGAAACUUCUAAAACGGAAGGAGGAACUGGACAAGGCACAUCAGGCCAUCAUCGAUUUGAUGAAUGCUCUUGACCACCAGAAGUAUGAGGCUAUCACACUGACCUUCAAACAGGUGCUACAGCAUUGUCUCAUUUUUUGA